AUGGAAAUCAAAGGGAUUUGUUCGGCAAAUCUUGAUCCAAAUAUUAUGUUCCAAGAGCGACUUUAUAACUAUGACAAAGUUUCUUCAGGAAUCUCCUCAGAUUCAAGCAGCAGCAAAAAAAAUUCAACUCUGGCUGGGGUAUGUUAUGAAGAAGAAAGGGGAAGAAGCGGUAUAAAUAAAUUUCCACCCCACGAAGUUGUGGUAAAAGUAGAAGACAAUUCUUUGUAG